GGUGCUCCUGGUGUUCGGCAAAGAGGACGGCCAGUCCGACGGGUUCUGGUGGGCGGCAGAGAAGCUCGGAUAUCGCUGUACGAUAGCGGGCACCCCGGAGAACGCCCUGGAGACCUACCUCAAAUACCAGUAUGACGUCGUCAUCAUUGACGCCCGCAGCGCCAAUCACAACUGCUUCGACGCCGAGGCUCUGUGCAGGUAGGAAGGGGUUAACCGUGGGGCCCUGUGCAGGUAGGAAAGGGGUUAACAGUAGGCUCUGUGCAUGUAGGAAAGGGGUUAAUAUUAGGCUCUAUGCAUGUUGGUAAGGGGUUAACAGUAGGCCCUGUGCAGGUAGGAAAGGGGUUAACAUAAGGCUCUAUGCAUGUUGGUAAGGGAUUAACAUUAGGCCCUGUGCAGGUACGAAAGGGGUUAACAUUAGGCUAUGUGCAGAUAGGAAAGGGGUUAACAUUAUGCUCUGUGCAGGUAGGAAAGGGGUUAACAUUAGGCUCUGUGCAGGUAGGAAAGGGGUUAACAUUAGGCUCUGUGCAGGUAGGAAAGGGGUUAACAUUAGGCUCAGUGCAGGUAGGAAAGGGGUUAACAUUCGGCUCUGUGCAGGUAGUAAAGGAGUUAAAAGUAAAAUUUCUGGACCUUUAUUUCAGGAUUGAGCACUAAUUGGUUCUUUUAAGUUCUCUUAAGUUCUUCUAAGUUGUUGUUUUUUAACCUACUGAAAUAAUAUAAAUGUUUUUUUUUUUUGUGGAAUUAUUCGGAUAAAUGGAUUAACUAUAUUUAUUAAUCGAGAUUAUUGAGCUUGAAUAUUGAGCUGAAAUGUAGAAAUGUAAGCUACGAUGUUGACUUGAUUAAUUAAAAUUGUGGUGGAAAAAAUAAGAAUCACUUUCAAUUUAAACCUACUUGCUAUAUUAAUUGCGUACAAUGGAAGCGGUUGGCAUUUAAAUGAUAUGGUAAUUUAGAUCAAACUAUUUCUGCUGAUACAGCUCUAGAAUGUCGGCGAUAGUUUUCAGAAGCACGUAGGUUAAACUGAGCUACCACUGAGCUUUAAGGCUGCACAAAAACACACACACAUUAUUGCAUGCUCUCUCGGCAGCCAGUUGCCUAAAAUGUACCAUUCUUUUGCGAUCAUCUGCAGCGGGAGUUCUCAACAUAUGGGUCGCAACCACUUUGGGGGGUGGGAGGGGGGGGAAACACAUAUUUAUGAAGUAACAACUAAAAUAAUUUCAUGGUUGGGAGGCACCACAAUUUGAGGAACUGUUUUAAAGGGUCCGCGGCAUUAGCAAGGUUGAGAACCACUGCUCUACAGUAAACAUUUGUUUGUUUAGAGUUUCUCUGGUUGUAUUGCGGAGUUUAAUAGGUGUACCAUUAUCACUGCUGCUCAUUGUGAUUUGACAUCCGUGGUGAACCAAGCAAAGCUCGCCGGUGGUUUCAAGUCCCCGAAAUUCACGCCCGGGUCGAAAACCAUUCUGACGUCACACGUCGAUGACGUGUACACGUGUGGCUGCAACGAGCAGUGCCAAGCAGCUCUUCCCGCAGCACUAUUUGCUCAGGCCGAAAUGCUAGUAGCACUAAUGAGCAUGCUGAGAUUACAUCAUAUCAUUAUAAGCACAGAGUGGCAGUGAGGGGGGUGGGUAGGUGGGGAAAAAAGGAAAAAGGGUGGGGGUCGGGCUAAGUUAUUAGAGGAAACCUGGCAAGCAAAUAAUAGAUAUGGCACACCUGUGGUGUCAGAAUACAGUUCUAUUGGAAUGGCACACGACACCUGGCCAAAAUGCAGAGCGCUGCCUCAGCCGGUAACAUAUUCUAUACUUAUUCCUGGACGUGGAUGAGAAGAAUUUGGGCCUCAAUGUUAUGCUCGACCGAAUUACGAAAUUUAAUUAAAACGGACGGGGAGAAAAAAUUAUCCAAAGAAUGUAUUUCUUUUACCUAGUACUGAAAUACUGAAAAUAAUGCAGCUAUUUAUUGUUACUACUUGGGAAUUAUCAUUUUUCAUAUCUAAAUCUUGAGGUACGUGGGAAAGCUUACUCAGAACUCCUUUUUGCACAAUAAAAGUAUUAAAUUAUACUGCAAUUUACAUUGGUAAAGCAAAUAUCAACACCCUUAACGAAUGAAAACNAUAUAUAUAUAUAUAUAUAUAUAUAUAUAUAUAUAUAUAUGUGUAUAUAUGUAUAUAAAAUUCAUUUUUAAAUCCUUUAUAUUGACUUCGCUUUUCAAUGUUUAGGGAAAAAUCUUUGUACGGCUAAUUGUUGACCCACUUCCUGUCAACCUAUCGAGCUGACACUUAGCACAUAGACUCGUUGCCAAACCAAGCCCCCAAAAAGCGGUUCUCCCUAAUGUUUAACUGGCAGAUGAAGGAAAUAUGAUAAAUGCCCUAAAUGAGUUUAUUUUUAAAAAUGUAUCGCACGUGCGUCUGAUGCGUAAUAAUAUUUUCUUCUAUUUGUUUUCUUCUGCAGUAGUUGUUGAAAUAAAUCUCCGGUGUAAAAAAAACGGGCGGGACAUUAUAAUAAUUAAUGUAAACUAAAAUUUUGAAAAAAAUGCCUUUGAAGUAUUUAGACGAAAAACUUAGUUUUUAGCGGCUGUUUAACUUUUAAAGCCAUUUUUGUAAAGAUCUCUUGUAAUUAGAACCAAUUUUGUUUCAGGUCAAUAAAAGCAACUAAAGCCAGUGAGUUUACAGUUCUUGUGGCAGUAACGAAACGAUAG